AUGAACAACCUUGCACCCACCUUGCAUGAAAGUGGUCAACUGGAUGAGGCAGAAAAGCUUGAGCGGGAGGUUCUUGCCCUAUGGCUUGACGUCCGUGGACCACGGGAUCCAGACACCAUUUUGGCAAUGGAUCACCUUGCAAGCACCUUGUACGACCGUGAUCAGCUGGAAGAGGCGCAAAUGCUUCAACAAACGGCACUUGCUCUCCGGCUGGAGAUCUUUGGACGGCGCCAUCCAGGCACUAUUUUGGCAAUAGCCAAUACACUUUAUCAAUGUGGCCAGCUGGACGAUGCGGAGAAACUAGAGCAAGCAGUACUUGCUCUACGUCUGGAGAUGCUUGGACCACGGCAUCCAGAAACUCUGGAUGCCUCAUACAAUCUCUCUAUGACUUUGUUCAAGAACAAUAAACUCGAAGAGGCUGCAAGGCUUCUGCAAGAGACCAUGGAAUUACGCGUUGAAGUCUUGGGUGCGGAUCAUCGUUGUACUGUGAAAUCAGGAGCUCCUGGAUACCAUUGUUUUACAACAAUCUCGUCACUCUCGUGGUAG